GCGGACAUGACGCCAUGCCGCGCGACCUUACGAUGGGUAUAUUUUUCUGAAGCGCAUGAGAGGUGCGCGUGCGCCUGCUGCGCUCUGUAAAAUCGUUUGAGUGGCUUUCAGGGGAUGGUGCGUUCGCGUUGCGUUCAUGUAUGAAGCUUGAAGAGGUCAUUUUCCUGCCGGUUCUCAAAACCUCGCGGUUAAUGCGCUCGCGCUCCGUUACCGGCCAGUGGCGAGACGCGCACGAGCUCAUGUGGCUUACUGUGAUUUGAGUAGUUUUAUGUUUUAUUCCAGGUUUACGUCUCCGCACGGCUGCGCUGGUUUAGCUAGUUCAGGUGAGUCUUUGUUGGUUUGCGAUUGAUUCUGGUUUAGUUAGUUCAGGCUUAAAUCUCAGCGCAAGUGAGUUGGGCUUGGGUUGGUUAGGAUCGAGUUUUAAUGUCAGGUGAGUUAGUCAGGAUUAAUCACAGCAAGGGUAUGGUGGGUUAGUGGUCAGUUUAGUUGCAGGUCAGUUGAAUCAGUUCAGCACAGGUCUAUUGGUUAGGUUCAGUUUGACAUGACAGGUCAGCUGGGUUACAGAUAGUUCAGGUGUCAACUAGGUUUGAAAUCACAGGUGUCUGUUAAGCUUAGGUUGGAAGUCAUAUAUGUGUUGUGUGAGGGUAAGUUUGGUUCAUGUGUGUUGGCUUUAGACAGUUGUCAGGGAAAUCACAGGUGGGGUAGGUUUAGUUUAAGCUCUGCCGUGAUGGCUAAAGGUGAGUGGAAGAGGUCAGGCACAGAUGAUGUCCAGUUAACUGGCCGCUCUGAGUGUGAAGUGUUCGAUGAUGGAACCAACACCUUCUUCUGGAGGGCACAUACUGUGACUGUGCUGUUCAUCCUUUUUUUUAAAUUUUUUUUAUUCUCUCGGAAUCACCAUGGCAGCGUAUUUUACACAGAAAUAACCACUCAUUUUCUCCAGUGUUUGUUUUUAAUUUGUGUAUUUUUUCUCUUUUUCAGAGGAAUUGUGGCCAGUAUUCUGGUGUUCCUUUGUUUUGGAGUAACACAAGCUAAAGAUGGACCCUUCACACGUCCUCACCCAGCAUACUGGCGUUUCUGGCUAUGCGUUUCUGUUGUGUAUGAACUCUUUCUCAUCUUCAUCCUGUUUCAGACAGUGCAUGAUGGCAGGCAGUUUAUGAAAUACAUUGACCCAAAACUUGGCGUCCCACUUCCUGAAAGAGGUUAUGGCGGGAACUGCCUCAUUUAUGACCCUGGACAUCCUGCCGACCCCUUCCACAAUAUCUGGGACAAAAUGGAUGGAUUUGUUCCUGCCCAUUUUCUCGGCUGGUACAUUAAGACGCUGGUGAUCAGGGACUGGUGGAUGUGUAUGAUCAUCAGUGUGAUGUUUGAGUUCCUGGAGUACAGUCUCGAACACCAGCUGCCCAACUUCUCUGAGUGCUGGUGGGACCAUUGGAUCAUGGAUGUGUUGGUGUGUAAUGGGUUGGGCAUAUACUGUGGCAUGAAGACUCUCGGUUGGCUCUCCAUGAAACCGUAUCAGUGGCAGGGAUUGUGGAACAUCCCAACAUACAAGGGGAAAAUCAAACGUAUUGCCUUCCAGUUUACCCCGUACAGCUGGGUGAAGUUUGAGUGGCGCCCCGCAUCUAACCUGCGAAGAUGGCUGGCGGUGUUGGGUAUUAUUUUCACGUUCUUAUUGGCGGAGCUGAAUACGUUCUAUUUGAAGUUUGUGUUGUGGAUGCCUCCUGAACAUUAUCUGGUGCUUCUGCGGCUCGUCUUCUUUGUGAAUGUGGGUGGAGUGGCUAUGCGAGAGAUCUAUGACUUCAUGGAUGAUCCGAAAUUCCAUAAAAAGUUGGGCCAGCAAGCGUGGAUUGUGGCAGCCAUCACUGUUACGGAGUUUCUGAUCGUGGUCAAAUACGAUCCCAACACUAUCAUGCUGCCAAUCCCCUUCUUCAUCACACAAUGCUGGAUACUCGGAAUCGUCCUCAUCCUCAUUUGGACCUUGUGGCGGUUCUUCAUCCGUGACAUCACACUCCGAUACAAAGAAACACGCCGGCGCAGACAGGAAGGGUCUUCGGAGCGGGACAGAGUCCCUGGACACGCUGACGGCAGCAAUUUAGCCACAUCAGGCCGUAGCAAACUAAACGGCAGUAUGGACACAGUCCGACACAGGAAGCCAUGAAUGCAUCCUUCCACACACAAACAGCCGUGCACUACACAUCGCGACUGGACACACGUUUGUGUUUAUAAUCCUGUUCAGAUCAUACCAACGCUCAUGGUGUCUGUCGAGCGGCAUCCAGAGAGAUGAUGCCAUCAUUUUCUCUCCCUGCGGAGAGGGUUGUUGUGUAUAUUUAGAAAAAAUAUGUCUUUGUAGCUGUUACAUAGGUGAGGCGUUUAGGGUUCGGGGUUCACUGUCCCUCUGGUUUUGGGUUUAUUGAUCGGUGCUAUGCAGGAAAACACAUUUCGAUGCAGAACACUAUGCAGUAAACUAACAGUAGAGGAAGUGCACAACUGCACAUACAGCCAUUUAUGAAUAAAACUAUUGUUUUUAAGUUACAUUUAGCGGGUAGGAACACAGGAAACAUCCUGCUUGAGCUACAACACUAUAUUUAAAAAGCUAUGAGAAUGUAAUUAUUUAAUCGGCUGUGCCCUUCUGCUAUGCUUAGGAUGCUAAAGGAAGUUAGCGUGCCUGUUACACAAGCACCUCACACAAGGACAAUCCUUCUGACCUGUUAAACACGGGUCAGUGCCAUGACUGGACCAAAAUCGAAGAACUUUACUUUUCAUUUGCAUGUGUGAAUGUGUGCGUGAGACCAUAACGGCCAAAACAUUCAUCAUGCUGAUGCUGUGUUUAUUUCUGCAGGGAAACCACAGAUAAAUAAUAAAAAAAAAAUCAUCAGGAAGUCAUCCCAAAGUUUAUUCGUUAAGUGUAUUGGGCCGUUCGUGUAUCUGGUCACAGUGGUAGUGGUAGUCCGUCUGUAUUCUGAUAAUGUGCAAGUCCAAAAACGGCCUGAUCUGAUGUAUCAAAUGCCAUAAUAAUCUUACUGUGAAUGUAAACGUCUAGCACUAGUUUGACUUCAGCACCAAUGCCUGAGCUGUUACUGAAGGUCUUUAGGGUUCGCUUUGAUUUAACUAUGAGGGGAAAGUUAAAAUCGCAGUAUAUGUUCUCGUCCGAAUGAUCAGGAUUAUCUCUCUGAAAUCUUUGUGGGACCAUUUGAUGAUCUGUCUGCCUCUGCUUAUAGUGGUUCAUGUAAACAUGUUACAUAGAAAUGAACAACUGAGUUCAUAUUUUAUAAUGUUUUCAAUAAAUAAAAAAAGGAGUUCUUCCUCUUUAACUGU